AUUCUAAUUUACCAGUUUGGCAAUAAAUUAGGUACUGAGGAUAAGGGAGAUGAAGAUGUCAAGGAAAAUGCCAGAUCUCUUAUAUAACAAAGGAGAUCAAAGGUGCUAUUCACUAACAUAUGGAAAAACAGGAACACUCUUACUUCAUUCUGACAUUAGCCAAUAGAUAGAUUUGUAGGUGAAUUCUUUGACCAAGUAAAAUAAUAUGUUCAUUAUAUCAAGUAAUUAGCUUUAUAGACAAUUAUAGGGUCACAUCAUUUUAGAAGACGUCUAUUCCAAACCGAAAUUUACUUGUAUAUGAACUCCCCAAGGUCACCUAGAUAAAACAUGUAAUUAUGAGCUCAUCACCAUAAGAGAACCUGCAAGAAAUACCAGAUUACCUGACUGGAAUAUUUUCUAUCCAUUCGUUUUAUAAAUUAUUAACAGAAAUUCCCUCCCUUUGUUUAGUUUUGUAUUUCAUUAGAUUACCUAGACAGUCUGCAUUGACAAAUUAUUUUUUCUUCUUCUCCUCCUCCUUUUUUUCUUUCUUGUUCUGACUCCUCCUCCUUUUUCUUCUCAAUUUAGGAUUUAGACAUUGAAGGACUAUGGGCCAAAACAAUUACAGUUCUCUACAUGGUUUUAUUCUGCUUGGCUUCUCUGAUCAUCCUAAACUGGAGGUGGUCCUGUCAGGAGUUGUCACCAUCUUUUACUUAAUUACAUUGAUGGGUAACAUAGCUAUCAUUCUUGCAUCUCUCCUGGAUUCCCAUCUGCACACACCAAUGUAUUUUUUCCUCAGGAAUUUAUCUUUCCUAGAUCUGUGUUUCACCACCAGCAUUGUACCUCAGAUGCUAGUUAACUUGUGGGGACAUGAUAAGACCAUCAGCUAUGUGGGUUGUGUCAUUCAACUCUAUGUUUAUAUGUGGUUGGGCUCCAUUGAGUGCCUUCUCCUGGCUGUUAUGUCCUAUGAUCGUUUUACAGCUAUUUGCAAACCUUUACAUUAUUUGGUAAUCAUGAACCCACAUUUAUGUCUCAAGAUGAUUAUCAUGGUAUGGGCUAUUAGUUUGGCCAAUUCUGUGGUAUUAUGUACACUCACAUUGAAUUUGCACAGGUGUGGAAACAACCUUCUGGAUCAUUUCUUGUGUGAGUUGCCAGCUAUGGUUAAGAUAGCUUGUGUAGACACCACAGCAGUUGAAAUGUCUGUUUUUGCUUUAGGCAUUGUCAUUGUCCUUACACCCCUCCUCCUCAUUCUUAUAUCCUAUGGUUACAUUGCCCAAGCUGUGCUGAGAAUGAAGUCAAUAGCAGGCCAACGAAAAGCAAUUAAUACUUGUGGAUCUCAUCUCACUGUGGUGUUUAUCUUCUAUGGAACAAUCAUCUACAUGUACCUGCAGCCAGGUAACAGUGCCUCCAAAGACCAGGGCAAGUUCCUCACCCUCUUUUAUACUAUAAUCACUCCAAGCCUCAACCCCCUCAUCUACACCUUGAGGAAUAAAGACAUGAAGGAUGCACUGAAGAAGCUCAUAAGGGUUGACUAUGAAUCUACAAAAACAAAGAACUGGAAAUCGUAGGAAAAUAUUAACGUAAAUAAGGCAGUGAACUAUGUCUUCUAAUUGGCUUAAUUUUUAGUGAGACAAGUAAUCCCUAGAUCAUAAUAUAGUAAUUCUUUCAUGCAAAUCUUUUGUGGUUACAAACAA